CCAGCCCAGUGAUGAUUUUAUACAUCAUGACAUUUAGCAAUUUUUCUGUUUUUCUGUGAUAACCAUGGAUUAUUGUGAGUUGCAUAAUUAAAUAAAGUAAUAUUAUUACUUAUAACUGGCAACACUGUUAUUUAGUGUAUGAUUUGAUUUUCCCUCGAAAACAAUAAUUUCUUAUCACUCAUUAUUCAAAACACCCAGCGUCCCAGAUUUUGAAACUUUGGACACAUUUUAAGUUUAAAAUGAAUUAUUUAAACGAUGAACAAAUUGCUGAGCUGCUUGUGGGUGAUGUGUCUGAUAUUGAAGAGUUAAAUGAAGAAGACGAAGAUGAUAAUUUGGAUGAAUUUUUUAAUGUUGUUGAACAAAAUUUCCAUGAUGAAGUAACAAAUAUGAACCAAACUGAAAAUAACGAUGAAAUCACUUUGGAUAUGCUUGAUGAAGCCUUAGAAAGCAAUUUAAUUGAUGAGGUAUUUGGAUUUUCAGAAGGUACAGUAAGUACAAAUAACAAUGAUGAUGAUAUUGAUUUACAAAUUCCUCCUGAAGUUUUUGGAAAUGGUUUUGAUGAGACUAUACCUAUUAGAGAUCCAAAAUGGGAAGAUACUGAUUGGAUUGAAGAAGAUGUUACAUGGCUUGAUAAAUUACCUGAUCCCCCUGAUAGUUUAAAAUAUCCAUAUUCUUAUUUCAAAAUGAUUAUAGAUGAUGCUAUUAUAAAAAAUUUAAGUGAACAGACUAAUUUAUAUUCUGCUCAAAAUAAUGGAUUUAGUUUAAAUACCACACCACAAGAAAUGGAACAGUUUCUUGGCAUAUAUUUGUUCAUGAGUAUUGUAAAAAUGCCUUCAUACCGUAUGUUCUGGUCAAACCGAACUAGAUUUAAUCCUGUUUUUGAAACUAUGUCACGGAAUCGGUUUGACAAUCUUCGAACUAAUUUUCACAUAUCUGACAAUGAUUUAAUGCUUCCCAGAGACAAUCCAUUGCAUGAUAAAUUGUUUAAAAUAAGACCGUUCAUUAGUUCUGUUCAAAACAAUUUUAAGAAAAUUCAAGCUGAUGAAUUUUGUGCAAUCGAUGAAAUUAUAAUUCCAUUUAAAGGACGAUCUCAAAUGAAGCAAUACAAUCAAAAUAAACCCCAUAAAUGGGGUAUAAAAGUUUUCGCCAUUGCAUCUAUUAGUGGUUUUAUACACGACUUCGAAAUUUAUGUGGGUAAAGGUACACUGCCUGCAACAGGAUCGGGCUUAGGUAUUAGUGGUGAUAUUGUUAUACGUUUAUUAGAAACUGUACCUAAAUUUAAGAACUAUAAAGUAGCAACUGAUAAUUGGUUCAAUUCGUACAAUUUACAAUGUCACUUAAAAUUUUCUGGGAUGUUGGGUAUUGGUACAGUUCGAACAAAUCGACUGUCAGGUUGCACAUUUAAAAAUGAGAAAGACAUGAAGAAAUCAGGUCGUGGAACAUAUGACACCAAAGUUGACACUACUAAUAAAAUUGUUGCUACUAAGUGGUAUGAUAANCACGGAACACGCACCGUCCACACAAAUCAACGCUUAUUAUCUACUGAUUCUAUUACUGGGUUCCUACUAAGACAGUCUGCUUCAGUAUUGAGUUUAUCUGGUAUGUAUUUAAUAUUGAAAUCAAAUUGGGAUAGAUAA